AUGGACAAGAUGGAACAAGCAAUAAUGGGAAUGCCGGGACCGUUUCUUGGUCCAUUUUCAGGACCCAAGAAUAAAUCCCCAUUGUCUCACAGUCCAUCUCACAUGGAUCAUGGAAAAAACGAUAAGCAUGAAAGACCUUCGAAACUUUUCGAUGAUUUUGAUGAUGUUUUUGAACCAUUGGCAUCUGAGGAAGCAUUGUUGUCGUUCAUCGAUGACAUAACUGAUGUGAUUGAUUCACUAGACGAUGAACAGGACUCGAACAUUGAACACGACGACGUUGACACACCAAACAAUUCAACAGCGUCUUCUGUAUUCGAGGCUAUUGAAUCUCUCAUCGAAAAGCCACAAAAUCACUUGAUCGAUGCAAUUGAGAAAUUGGUAACGGCUGAAGUUGAUGAAACGAUCAUUAUUUCCGGACCAACCAAACCCACAAGUAAUGCUAAAGAGCACCAGACUACGAGUCUACCAAAUAAAAUCUUAACGGUUGUUUGCCAUCCGUUGAUGGUUAGUGCAAUGCUUUUUUCGUCAGCUUUAAGCGCUUUUGUGUGGAUUAAGUAUGGAAGGAAGAAGCAACGUAAACCGUAUUAUUCGCACGUUCCUAACACUGAAGAUGAAGAAACGGCAAAUCUAAUUAAUGAAUAG